UAUUUAUGAGGGUGCUGAGCAAUUUUCUGGCGCAUGAAAUUUUUUUCUUACCUUUAGGUUGUGCAUGAGUUUUUUGGUAGGCAAUAGCUUAUGCAAUAAUUUUUUUAAUGUCAACGCUCAAAAUAAUGAUAGCAGAAAGCUCUUGCUCGUUGUUUUUUUCCCAUGGCACGAUAUUUUUCAGCAGUUUUUGCUGUGCAAGAAUCUUUUCGGAAAUCACCCAGCCACCUCCCAAAAAAUAAUGGUCCGUCCCUUAGUACAUGUUCUUCAUCAGGGAUUUUGUUGCUUUUUGCGAGAUUUAAUUUUUUGGGGAGGUAAAAAGUAACUAAAUUACUUGCAACAUGCGUAAAUUAAUGUGCAAUUUACAAAACACUACCUCCCCCCGCCAAAUCAAAUUUAGCGUGUGAUGUGUCCCCCCGUUAAGUAGAAUUUCGUACUCAGUCUUCCGAUGUAAACAAGAUAGCUGGCGAUGUUCGUAGGUCUUUGAGUUCCUCGUCCCCAUUUAGAUUACAAUGUCCUCUAAACUGGAGCGAACGCCUUCGGUGGAGCGUGUUUCGUCGCUUGCGGAGGUUGUGGAGAUAAUUCUGUCGUUUCUGCCCGCAAAAGCGCUUUUCACGUGCGCUCAAGUUUGCCGCUUAUGGCGCGACACUGCCAGACGAAUUAUUCGCUCACGAAAAAGAUUAGGGUGGCUAAGUUUUGUGGCCCAUCAUGAAAUUCACGGCACCCCGUGCACGUCCAAGCUUUCUAUGGAGAUCCUUGGCCGCAGAGUUGUUGAGUUUUUGGAUGAGCUACCACUGGUUCCAGCUGCAUGUAUCCUCUUAGUGAGUAGAUGUACAGAAUAUGCUGAUGCGAAGAAAGAUGAAAUUAAAGGCCUAGUGACGGCAGUGAAAGGCUGCUUACCUAAUUCAUGUCCACUUAUUGGAUGUGUCGGAGCAGGAGUUAUUGGCACAGGUGAAGGUGGAUUUUCGGAAGAAGUAGAAAUGGCUGAGGGUGUUGCCUUGAUGCUCAUGCCGCAAAUAGAAGGUGUCUCAGCUGAGGUGAUCAACUUGAACCUAACAGAGGUUAAGAACAACAGAACAUUCAAAUCUCGUUGGGAGAAAUCUUUGAAAAUUCCUACUGAUGGGACAGUCAAGUGUGCCUUCCUUUUGGCCAAAGGGGACACUUAUCAUCUUGAUGUUAUAGGAAAAGUGGCAUCUGGAAUUUGGAAGGUUUGCAACAUUGACGAGGAUGAUAAGUCAGAUGUGGUAAUAAUUGGUGGACUUGUUGAAUCAUUCUUGAUGGUGGACAAUGAAGUAAGGAACACUGGUGUUGUGGGCCUCGCAAUAUCUGGCAAUGUGGAAGCCAUUUCCAUGGUUCAUCAUGGAGAAACUGCUGAAGGUGUUCAGCAAAGUUUGAAGCAGCUGCGAAAGUCUGGAAUUUCAUGCGAAAAAAAUACAGCGUGUUUCAUGGUGUCCUGCAUUGGUCGUGGUGAGAAGUUUUACAAUGCAAAGAAUGUGGAGACUAAAAUUUUCCGACAGGAGUUUCCUGGUAUUCCUGUGGUUGGUUUCUUUGGCAAUGGAGAGCUGGGUUUGGAUCUCCAUUCUUGCGAGGGAAAGCUUGAGCGAGAUGGUCACUUUUUGCACUCGUAUUCAUCAGUAUUUUGCUUGUGUUCCCUGUCACCACAAUCUAAUGACAGUUCAACUGAGGAGGGCACAGUUGCUUCUCAUCCAAAGGUGUCUGAUCAUGUGAAAGGGAAGCCAUCCUCAAGCCAUUCUGAAUGACUCAUUAACAAAGUUUCCAAUUGAUUGUUUGAAAUCUGUUGAUGUUAAGGAAAUGUUAAAGUUAGUCUGGUGAGGUAAAAGAUUAUAAGUUAAUCAGAUAUCCUAAGUCCAUUACAAACUAUAAUAAUAGACUUCCAAAAUAUCUGUCAGUCCUCUAGGGUGCAUUCCAUUUAACAAGUCUAACUAUGAUUUCUAUUCAAACCAAUGCCAGCAGUUGUUAAAUGAAACUAAGCUCAUUGAUAAGUAUUCUGGUUGGCUGUGAGUACACUUAAUACGCAUUUGGAAAAUGUUAAGUUUUUAAAUGGUUGGUUGUUGUUGUUGUUGUUGUUAAGGUGGCUGACAACAGUUUUGUACAUUUUCAAGUACUUAUACUUUUGUGGAUUAUAACUACCAGUCACAUUUAUAGUAAUGGUAUUGAAUGAAUGGCCAAUCAUUGAUGGAAACAUUUUGGUCCAUUGGUUUGACACAGCAGGUUACCAUAACAACAGUAUAACCUGAGGAAAGCACAAUGAAGGUCAUCAAGUUCCUUUUCAAGUUCUGUUUGAGUUACUAGCACUGAAAGCCUAGGUUAAGGGUAUUUGUAGCAAGGAAUACUGAACAUUUCUUUGGUAACCUAUUAAGUCAAGAAAGUUGCCAAUUGAAUGUUUUAACCUAGGAUUGGGCAUUCAUUUGAUACUAUUAUUGCAGCGUCCAUUGUUGAAGAGAGGUAGUACAGGCCAGAAAUGUUUGUCAGCCACUUUAAAUCAUAAAAAGUUCAAAUUGGGUGGGUGAAUCCUUCCCCCAUUGUUCAAAUUGUUCCACGUGAUAGGUGAAUUACCAUCCAUUGGUAAGAGUUAACACUGCAUGAUGCUAUAUAGUGAUGUAUCUCAUUGAUAGCAUUUGUGUAUACGUUGAGCAAUUGGGGCUGGAUGUUUACUAUUUUGCACCCUUGAAAUAAAUUGAAGUACUGUAAAUAAUUAUUUUAGAAUCGAAUCCAUAUUAAUUUCUGUUAUUGGAUUGCUGUAAUUGAUGAAUUCAACAUUGAUUACCACAUUGUGGUCAUCAUCAUUGUUUUCAGUGGGAUUCUUGUUUUGUUAGUAGUAGAUUUCACCUCUUGUUAUAUAAUAUCACUAAAUACAGUCUUGUUCUGGUCUGGUGUCAAAUUUAAUUUUAUCCAAUUUAUAAUUUUCAAUUAUUAAUUAAAUAGUUUUUGUGUACUGUACAACCUUGAGCAUGUGUGUGCUCAUUGUGCAUUUCCAGAAAUGGCCACCCCAAGGGGUGGGGUUGGGAGGAGGGUUCAAACCAAAAAACCUUCUAUGGGAGGGGUGUGGAUGGAAGCAAUGCAUUUUAAAUGUGUGCAAAUUUCACCUAUAACCUCCCUCACUGACCUAUCAUUGUGCUUGGUUGAAUUGGUCCAUUCAUGUUUUUUAGAACAUGGACUCACUCUUCUUAGUGUCUUGUUGCCUUUUAACACAGCACCUGCACUUCAGUGUAUUUUUUUAAAAUCAUUGUAGCUGUAGCUUCACAACAUCUUCCUUAAAAAAUGAAGAUGUCACCACAUCUGGUAAAAAUGAAGUGUCACCACAUCUGGUAAAAAAGAAGACUGUUCUGGCAACUGUAAGCUCACCACUCUUUAAGUAAUGUGUGUUGGUGUUUUUAAGUAAUGUGUGUUGGCGUUUUUUAGUGGUUACACUGAGGGUGGAAAGUCUUUGUUGGUAUGGUAUAGCUUACAAAUUAUUUAAUGAAAAACCUCUAUAUCUUAGAGCAACCAUUCCGACUAAUAAAAGUAUUAAUUUUCCAAUAUUUCUCUUGAAGGAACAUGUGACUAGCCCUUACAACCUCUGCAUCUGCAUGGAAGGCUAAGCAUAAAUAAGAGCAGUGGCCUACCAGUUACACAUUUAUUUGGAGUUUGUAAUUCUGUUAAAUAAUGCCAUUUGGGGAAUGAUAAAAAUUACUACCAUUUUCAAAGCGUCAACAGCAAAUUGCAAUUGGAGAUCUGGUUGAUAAGGGUGGGAAGGGGUUGUUGCCCUUCCAUUCCUUUUGUUUGCGAAGUAAAAUCACUGUCCAUAAUUGGAUGGGAAAAACUACGCAAUCAACUGGGUGCUGAUUUAUCUGGUUGAUAACAUUAUCCACCCUUUGAAUAUUUCUAGCACCAGCAUUGAUAUAGGUCUCAAUUCCUCUUUUACCAGACUGUUACAGACUGUACAAAUUAUCUAUUGUCAGUUAUUUAAUUAUUUUGGUAUGAGGUAUGCAACGAAAGUGAGGCCUUUAAUUUAAAAUGUCCUUUUGUUGAGUAGCAAUUUUUUUUUCAUUAUAAGCACUUCAAUGAAGAAGUCAGUUUAAAAGAACUUUGUUUUUAUCCUCUGUUCUUAACUGGUUUUACUGUUUAAGUUUGCUGUUUCUGUAGAAUUAAAAAUAAAUUAAAAAUUAAUUUACCCUGUCAUAUCAGUUAGUUUAAUCACUGAUAUGAUAAAUGGUUAUGUAAAUGGACUUAAUGGCACAAAAAUUGUUAAUCAUUUUGGUAGUUUGUAAUAAAAUUAGCAUUUCUUUUUUUGACUCUUUACCUUUUGAGCAGAUAUCUGCUUUAAUGUUUUGUGACAUGUGAUGGAAAUGUUGAACGUACCAUUACUGAAUGUAUAAUAGAGGCAGAGAAAUGUUAGUGAUACAUGUAAAUAAGUAGUAAAUUAAAUAGAGUUAAUAAAGUUAGAUCUCUUAACUAAA